GUUUGGCAGCCUUUGAGUGCCGGGCAGAGGGAGGAGGGGUGGUCCUGUGCCUUUGGAUCCGCCCUAUGGAUGCAGCGGAGCCAUUUAACAUUGCAAUCUCAGCCAGCUUCACGGCGGGCGAUUGCACAGCCUGCUCCAUGUAGAUUCAUCAUAGCACUGAGACUAUACUGGCGAGACGAAGCAGCGAAUAUAGCCGACUGGGGCGCUCACGCAGCAAUGGCAGGGCUGGCUUCUGUUUAUCUAAUGCAGGCUCCGAAUUUCAUGAAGAAACAACCACGGCGAAAGGGCUUUUGAAAACACGUUUAGUAUAUUUUAGGUAUUUUAUUUCGCUAUUUAAUGAUGCAUUGUUUUUACUUGCAUUGUUGCAGCCAGAAUCAUGCGUGCAGCUGAUUCUGCGAUGGGAAGCAUUGUUGUUUGAAGUGGAGUGGAAGCCGUCAGCCUUAUCAUCUGAAUACCUAUUGUAAGAAAAUUGCAGCAAAAGUGUGAGACAUUCUCCACUUUGGGCGUACGUCGCGUAUGAGCACAGUGAUCAUUCAUCGCUUUCAACUGGAAUUGCAUCUGUUGUUCUGCUCGUCACGCUGUGUGUGAACCAGCUCUCGGGAUCCGAGCAUCCUUCCAUCCGAGAGCACUCAAGCCUCUUUGCACCCUGCAAAACCACACCGCAAUAUAGGGAGGAAACGGCAGAGAACUCGCUUGGGCUAGAACGCACUCCACACAGACGAUGUUUUGGAUGUAAAACUAAAUAAAUAAAUAACGUGAAGAUGGGGAAAGACCAGGAAUUGCUUCAAGCAGUGAAGACGGAGGACCUGCUUACGGUGCAGAAGCUCCUGCAGAGGCCCAAGCCCGGGAAAGCAAAGUUGCUGGGCACCGCUAAGAGGGUGAACGUCAAUUUCCAGGACACAGAUGGGUUCUCUCCACUGCACCAUGCGGCUCUCAAUGGGAACAUGGAGCUCAUCUCCAUCCUGCUGGACUCCCAGGCUAUGGUGGACAUCAGGGACCAGAAGGGCAUGCGGCCGCUGCACUACGCUGCAUGGCAGGGGAAGUCGGAGCCCAUGAAGAUGCUGCUGAAGUCUGGAUCCUCCGUCAACGGCCAGUCAGACGAGGGCCAGAUCCCCCUGCACCUGGCUGCCCAGCACGGCCACUACGACGUUUCGGAGAUGCUGUUACAGCACCAGUCUAACCCCUGUAUAGUGGACAACGCUGGGAAGACACCGCUGGACUUGGCCUGCGAGUUUGGCAGAGUCGGGGUGGUCCAGCUGCUGCUCAGCAGUAACAUGUGCGCUGCCCUCCUGGAGCCCAAGAAAGGGGACACGACUGACCCCAACGGUACCAGCCCCCUGCACCUCGCCGCCAAGAACGGACACAUCGACAUCAUCAGACUGCUGAUCCAGGCUGGCAUCGACAUAAACAGGCAGACCAAAGCGGGCACGGCCCUCCACGAGGCUGCCCUUUGUGGGAAGACAGACGUGGUGCGACUCCUCCUUGAUAGCGGCAUCAACGCGUCUGUGAGGAACACAUACAGCCAGACGGCGCUGGACAUCGUGUACCAGUUCACAGCCACGCAGGCCAGCCGCGAGAUCAAGCAGAUGCUCCGAGAUGCCUCAGCAGCACUGCAGGUCAGAGCUCUGCAGGACUACUGUAACAAUUACGACCUGACCAGCCUCAACAUCAAAGCCGGAGAUGUCAUUACCGUGCUGGAACAACACACAGAUGGCCGGUGGAAAGGCUGUAUCCAUGACAACCGAACAGGAAAUGACAGAGUGGGCUAUUUCCCCUCUACCCUGGUGGAGGUGAUCAGCAAGAGAACAGGUUCAUGGAGCACAGUCAUUAAUACCCAACAGUAUCAAAAGAUACAGCUGAGCGCGCCAGCCAGCGCGCCAGCCAGCGCCCCGGCAGCCGUGGUCAACGGCGAGUCGUGCCAUCAGUAUCAUAUCCUGCCGCCUCCUCCACCUCCGCCCAACCAUCAUCAAUCCCAUCAGCCCCUUUUCACUUCCUUUGGCUAUAACAGGUCUGAAAGCACCUCAGGAGAUCUGCCCUGUGGACAAGGUUCUCGCGGCUCGGAGUCCAGCCCUCACGGCUCGCCCACUCCCAGCGGCGGCCAGCAGGGCGGCAGCAGUGAGGAGAUCUGGGUGCUGCGCAAACCGGCGGCAGGUGGCGACCGCAGUAGUGUGGGCAGCUCGGGCAGCGUGGCUAGUGCCCGUUCCUCUGGCAGUGGGCAAAGUGCAAGCAGCACCAACAUCAUCCACGCCCAGGCAGAGGGGGUCAAGCUUCUGGCAACGGUCCUGUCCCAAUCUGCAAAGGCCAAGGAACACCUGAUGGAACAGUCCAAGUCUCUGGAUCAGCCAUCAGGUGGCACCUUAAAGGGCUCCUCCUCACGCAGUCAGAGUGUGUCGAGCUGUCCCCUCCACGAGCAGCCAUACGGGGAGGCGGGUCCUCCGAGGAAAGGGGAGGGGCCAUCGGAGCCGAAGAGCUCAGAGGCUGUUGUCCAAUGGCUGAGCGAAUUUCAGCUGCAAGUCUACGCUCCAAACUUCAUCAGCGCGGGCUAUGACAUUGCCACCAUUAGCCGUAUGACCCCAGAGGAUCUAACGGCCAUUGGUGUGACCAAGCCAGGUCACCGCAAGAAGAUGACCUCUGAGAUCAACAAGCUCAGUAUAACGGAGUGGCUCCCCGAGCAAAAACCUGCCAAUCUGGCAGAGUGGCUAUCUAUGAUUGGACUGAGUCAGUACUACCAGGUCCUGGUCCAGAACGGUUAUGAGAACAUUGAAUUCAUCACCGACAUCACGUGGGAAGACCUGCAGGAGAUUGGGAUCACCAAGCUAGGCCAUCAAAAGAAGCUGAUGCUGGCCGUGAAGAAACUGGCUGAGUUGCAGAAGGCCACCGAGGGUCGCGGCUCCCCGCGCAAGAAGCACCCUCCCACGCAGGAAGUGAUGUCGAUCGAGAGCCCGCCCUACGAAGGCGGGGAGUGCAUGUCGCCCAAGAUGAGCACCUUCCAGGACAGCGAGCUGAGCGGGGAGCUGCAGGCGGCCCUCAGCCGACCCCCCGCCGAACGUGAGCCCAAGCCGGGGCCGCCCGAGGCCCGCCCCAACAGCGGCGGUGCCCACCCACACCCAGCAGCUGCCCAGCGGUCCCGCAGCGUCCAGGAGAACAGUCUGGGCAAGAGCCGGGACAGCGAGGAGCCCUCGCACCCCGGGCCGCCCAGGAAAGAGGCCCGCACCAUGAGGCAGAGUAGCCAGCCGGCUGGACAGAGGGGGAGCGUGUCGUCGUCGUCGUCGUCUGCGCAGGGUAAGCAGCCGCGGUCGUAUCCGCAGGGGGCAGGGCCCCCCUACACCCCGCCGCAGACGCCCAAGACCAAGGGCUCGGCCCAGCAGGCCGCGGGCUCGCCAGCCAAGUCCAAACCUGGUCCGCACCUCCUCUCGCAGGGCGACCGGCCCAUGUCGCCGCGCUCCCUCCCACAGUCGCCCACACACAGGGUCAGCGGUCACCCGCCGCCAGCCCACUCGGGGCCCCCUCCCCCUGCGGUGGCCGUCACCUCUGCGCCGGAGCCCACGGAGGUCCUCCCACCACCGGCCCCUCAGCAGUCCGCGCCAAACGUGGCCGUGCCACUCCUCUGCCUGCCACCAGACGGCGACGGCGAGCCUGCAGAGCAGGACGAGCAGGGCCUGCCCAAGAAGCGCGCGCACAGCCUGAACCGAUACGCCGCGUCCGACAGCGAGCAGGAGCGGGACGAGCUCGGCGUACCUGCUGGCGGCGGCGGCGGUGGUAAUGGUGGCGGAGGGGGAAAGUACGCCACGGUGCAGAACCGCGUGGGCCGCAGCAACUCCAUGCGCGGGCAGGCCGACAAGAACGUCAACCGCAGCCAGUCGUUCGCGCUGCGGCCCAAGAAGAAGGGCCCUCCCCCGCCGCCGCCCAAGCGCUCCAGCUCGGCCAUCUCGAGCUCUAGCAGCAACCUCACCGAGGUGCCCGUCGAGCCCUGCAGCAGCGGCCCGCUCCUGGAGGUCAACUAUCACCCGCAGCGGCGCGCCAGCGACCUGGGGGGCACCGUGGACACGGGCAGCGCUGGCAGCGUCCGGAGCAUCGCCGCCAUGCUGGAGAUGUCGUCCAUCGGCGGAGGAGCCAAGGGCCGGGCCCUGCAGAAAGCACCGCCACACUACCUACAGGUGGGCAAGCAGCACGAUGCGAUUGGUCUGGAUGGUGAGGUAGUGAACCGCCGCAGGACCAUCAGUGGACCAGUCACUGACCUGGUGGCAGCCGCCAGGGGCCAGCGGGAGGCCAGCCUGGCACUGGGACCGGGACCAGGACCCAUGGCAACGACCUCUGACCCCAGACCAGGCCCUGAGGCCCAACCGGGCUCCGGCGGUAGCUCCGCUGAGAACCUGCCCUUCGCUGAGGAAGGCACGCUGACCAUCAAGCAGCGUCCGAGGCAGGGGAAAGGCGAGGGUGACGGAGAGGAGAUGCCCGACAGCGUUUACUCCCUGCCCCAGGCGGAGCUGUCGCGCGUGGACGCCACCGCCACCCUCAAGAGGCGCGUGCGGAGCAAGCAGCAGCAGCACGCCAACGGCGCCAAGUUCCACCUGACCGAGUCCAACACGGUCAAGCGCCGGCCCAAGAGCAGAGACAAGGACGCCGAGGACAUGCAGAACGGACAGAUGCCCAUGGUGUACCAGAACGGCACCGGCACCAUCAAAAGGCGACCGCCGUCCGAGUCUGGUGAACCACAACAGCAGCAGCAGCAGCAACAGCCAAGACCACAGGACAGUACCGAUGGGGCUCCUCCGAGGAGAGGCAGUGCUGACCUGGGUGGUCAGGGUGCCGAGACCCCACGCAAGGUCAAGCCUCCGGUGUCCCCCAAGCCAGUGCUUGCCCAGCAUAUGAAGAAGCAGGGGGCAGUAGUGUCCACCUCAAAGAAAGCCCCCUUCCCUGGACCCGGGGGACCAGCUAGUCCAGUCGAGGGAAAGAAAAUACCUCCUCCAGUUUCGCCCAAACCUGCUCCGCCUCCGACCGCCCCAAAGCCGAAGAAUGUCCUCCCGUCGAUGAACGCCAGCCCCGGCACUCCCACGCCCUCCCCGGCCAAGCAGCUGGUACCGGCGGCAUCAACACCCAAGAUCUCGGGCACCUCCCCACCCCCGUUCCUGCUCCCCGCACCGACGCCCUCCAAAACCUCCAGCCCCCCCGCCCAAAGCCCGCAGACGCCCCAAACGCCACAGACCCCGCAGACGCCUCAGACGCCCCAGACCCCCCAGACCCCCGGCCCGUCACCCAGUCCCCUGCCCACGCCCCCGCCCGUCAAGCCUCCGCGCUCCUCCAUCAGCGGAGUGUCCAUGGACGCGGCGGCCAGCGGAGGGCCCAACACACCCGGGCCGGGGGCUGCAGCGAGUCCCGGAGCAGCGGCCAGUCCCGGGACGCUGGGACCCGCGGCGGUGGUGCCCGAGGCCGUGCAUCAGAAGCUGGAGGAGACCAGCGCGUCUCUGGCCGCAGCGCUGCAGGCUGUGGAGGAGAAGAUCAAAGAGGAAGGGCACAAAGACUCGGUGGUGGAGCAGAAGAGCACAGGGAGCAUCCUGGACGACAUCGGCAGCAUGUUCGACGACCUGGCUGACCAGCUGGACGCCAUGCUGGAGUAGACAGAGCACAGACGGGCGUCGCCGCGGCAACACCUCAGGACCCCAGAAGGGCACAAGGGCACAAUGACGACCAACCGACUCCCACGACCCCCCACCCCCCCUCUCCACCCGGACCCCAAACACUGCACUCAACCAGUCAUAAUGACCAACCAACUCCUACCCUCCCAAAACCCUCUUCCUCCGGCCCCUAAACACCAUAGUCCACCAUUUAUUACGACCAAAAACGAUAGGUCCCCAACCUCCAGUCUCUCUCAUUCACACUCUCCCUCCCCCUUCGCUGUCCUCCUUGAUUUCCUCAUUUCCAAAAUCACGGGACAGACGCCACCACCCCCAACCACCUCUCCUCUCCUCUCCUCCCUGUCAGACUGCACAACUCCCUGAUGAAGUACCUCAGGACUGCAGGGCUAGAUCACGGCUCCUCGAGAGACGUUGAGAGUUCGUCACGUCAAAAGGAGCGGGACCGGCGAAGCAGGGCCGGCAAAGCCUCACCACCACAGUGGCAUAAACAAAAAAAACAAAAACAAAAAAAAGGACUGUCCGUCUGUCCACUUGGUUUGGGUUAUUUUCUUUUUGUACAAGUCAGAGUCCCUUAAAUAUUUCAAGCUAUUGUGAGAGAUAACUAGCAAAAACAAUACAAAACAAUAUGAAAUGAUGACAUUGAUAAAUGAUUAAAAAAAAUAUGGUAUGUGUACAUUGUAAGCAUGAGGAAAGUUUAUAUCUAAAAGAAAAUCUCAUAGUGAGAGUCAUGCAUUAGUACAGUAAUAUAUAUAUAAAUAUAUAAAUAUAUAUAAAACAUUUUUACGUUUUUAAUUUAAUGUUCAAUGUUCCAAGUGUUAUCAUGUUUUAAAAAUAUGGACCUUUCAUGACAGAUACAAAGAAGAAAAUACAUAGAUAUAUAUAAAUAUAUAUAUAUAUAACCAAACAGGACAAAAUAUAAUCAGUCCCUUGAUGUAUUGAGGCACUAGUGUUGCCUUGCUGAAGAGUGUUGUCUGCUAUGUUGACUCUGCUAUGACAUCAUUGGAGUGGCAGUGUACCCUGCUUCAUGUUCUUGCUUUGGGCCCCUAUUUUGAACUGCGUGUCCAGUUCUCAGUCACCGUUCCCGCUGUGCAGAUCCACGAAUCCGUUGCGUUCUCAAGCACAGGCCCCCCUUCCACCUCCCUCUCACCCACCUAUCUACAACCGUCCUUCAGCCCCCAAAUCUGUAACCCUGCCCCCCCCCUCCCCA